CCUCGGCUGUCAAAAUGGCAAAGACGUCGAUGGCGCUGAUGAUCCGCGCUCCGUGAGACACACACACACACACACACACACACACACACACACACCUAGAUCUAUCUGUCUGCGUUGGUGCGCGCGACUGACAAUGCCAUCUGCGAGAGGAGCGCGUGCGGACGGUUCACGUUAACGGCGGCGUCGUUUCCUAUCGAGAGAGAGAGAGAGAGAGAGAGAGAGAGCAGCAACCACCAUGCCGAGCCAGAAGAGCAACAAGGGGAAGAGAAAUAAGCGCACUAACAGCAGCGGAGAUGAGCAGGAAAAUGGAGCCUCCGCAGCAGGAGGAGCAGCAGGAGGAGCAGCAGCAGCAGGAGCAGCAGCAGCAGCAGCAGGAGGAGGAGGAGGAGGAGCAGCAGGAGGAAGCACUGCGUUAGUGGGAGCUACAGCCGCUCCGCCGAGCGGUAAACGAGAGGCCCUGUGUGCCACGCCGCUCGUGUGCAGUUUGGGCCGCGCCGUUGACCUUGAUAAGGACGACUACCAGCGGGUGCUGUGCAACAGCGAGCACUGUCCUUAUGGCAACUGGAUGCACCUACAGUGUUUCUACGAGUGGGAAAGCAGCAUCCUGGUACAGUUCAACUGCAUCGGCCGUGCCCGUAGCUGGAAUGAGAAGCAGUGCCGGCAGAACAUGUGGACCAAGAAGGGCUAUGACCUGGCCUUUCGCUUCUGCUCGUGUCGCUGUGGCCAGGGCCACUUAAAGAAAGACACUGACUGGUACCAGGUCAAGCGCAUGCAGGACGAGCGCAAGAAGAAGGUGGUGACUGAGAAAAGUGGUGGGAAGGCCAGCGGAGGUGUCCCGGGAGGGGCUGGAGGGGAGGCCUCGGAGGAGCUGAAGAAAGGCAAGUCGUCCAAUAAACUGCCUCACCGUGGCUCCAACCAAGACCUUUCACGCCGCCAAUCUGUGGAUCGGCAGAACUCUCAAGAGAGGAGCCACGCGGUUACCAGCAUUGGGGUGAACCUGGGUGCGCGCUCGCCCACUGACUCACCCGGCCAGUCUCCACCGUUAGGCUUCUCGUUCUUCACACCUCAGUCUGUCAGUGGACCACGCAGUUCACGGCACCUGGGCGAAUUCCUUAAAAACGCAGUCCACAUGGAGGGCAACCGGAAGCACUUGCUGGUGGGACACGUGGCCGGCCGGGGAAGUCUUCAAGCGGAUCACGGGGCAGGCAGUUUGUGUCUGCCCCGCCUUACUCAGGGCGACGGCCCGGUGCAGUUCUUGAGGAGGCUGGACCUCUCCGAGCUGCUGGCGCACAUCCCUCGGCAUAAGCUCAACACCUACCAUGUGCGCAUGGAGGACGACGCCCAGGCCGGGCAGGGUGAGGACUUGAGAAAGUUUAUCCUCUCUGCGCUUAGUGCUAGCAACCGCAAUGUGGUCCACUGCGCCCUGUGCCACCGCAUGCUGCCCAUCUUCGAGCAGUUUCCACUGGUGGAUGGGACGCUCUUUCUCAGCCCGUCACGGCAUGACGAGAUCGAGUAUGAUGUGCCAUGCCACUUACAAGGGAGGCUGAUGCACCUGUAUGCCAUCUGCGUGGACUGUCUGGAGGGGGUGCACAAAAUUGUCUGUAUAAAGUGCAAAUCCCGAUGGGACGGAAGCUGGCACCAGUUGGGUACUAUGUAUACCUAUGACAUCCUGGCUGCUUCACCUUGUUGUCAGACAAGCAGCUGUGGAACAGAAGGACCGACUUCUCCCCGAGUUUACUGAGCUGCUGUAGCAGGAGUCGGAAAGUGACGUGGGAAAUGUCGAGGACUCUGGAGCCACUUGGACUGAGCAGAUGCAGCAGCUCUGUGGCGUGUUCGAGCUAAAGCAGACACGUUCUGAAAACAAAGUUAAAACUUCGGAAUUAACGAGCACCAGGCCUUUCAGACGACGACACGAGGAUACACAGGCUGUCCAGUCUAUCAGAGCACACCGCAUGAGCACAUUCACAGGUAUUCUUCCUUCCUCUGGUCCCAACACGAGACCACCGUACCGUAGUGUCUCUGGACUUCAUCACUGAGCCAGUGUUUUCCUGAGAUAAACCUGUACAGGUGCAUCAAGUACGAUGUGUCCAACUGUUAUAACUGUUAUAUAGAUGGAGUUGAAUAAGAUUGGAAUGAUUUUUUUUACUCCUUGACUCCACCCCAUCAUCCCCACCCAUGUACACAAAGCCCCACCCCCAGAACCUACGGUGGUUCAACUAGAGAUGCUAACUAGUGUUAGCAUUAGCAAGGCCUGUCAUGGUCCGUUAUAACUAUAAAGAUGCAAAAUUCAUGACGAUGUUCGUGAGCACAGUCACUGUCUUUUUUAUUUGUAAUUUCAAAAAACAUAUCAAGUUGAUUCUUUAGGCAAAUCCAGCCCUUCAAACAUAUCAAAGCUUUAUACGGAUUAACUUUACGUAUGUGUCCUCAUUCUGCGUCCAGCUUCAUCGCCAUCACUAGUAAUAAACGACUCCGUCUUGGAAAAGCACUGCUAAUGGUUUCACUGCGUUUCUUGUCCCUAAGUUUUUAGUGAUUUUUAUGCUCACAGGAGAAUUAUCUGGCUGCGCUGGGCGCUCACUGAUUUCAGACUGAGAUGGGGUGGAGUGAAGGGGCAUGGGGGCGUGUCUAUAGAAUGAUUGACAGGAGGCCAUUCUAAACACAAACCAGCAUUCCAGACCUGAAGGCAAUUUCCCAAACAGGUUUCCUCAGCCACGAGGCCAUAGCUUACAGCAUCAUUUUAUCAGGUUUUAUAUACGUUAUUUAAGAAAUAAAACAAAUCGACAAAUGGACAUUUAAUGAGGCACAUUUGAUCUGGAUGGAGUUGAGUCUCAUUUUCAGAAAAAAAAUAGCAAAUUUCAGUUAGUUUUUAUUCUGCUGUAAUCUGUCAGUCAACACCAGUGGGGCGGAGUCAGAGAUCAUCACUGGCCAAAGCAACAGCACACCAAAUUAUCAUUACACAGCCUUGGAGCAGAGGGAAAGUGGAAGCUGCUAGAGUACAAGAUUAUUUCUUCAUCUUACACUGUUAUAGACGAUGAACAGUAUAGAUAUAGACAUGUCUGUGUCUUAUAGAGUGUUUAUCCACCUGAGCAGUGAGAUUAGACAGAGGCUAAAAACUAUCAAUAUCUUCAUAAUGAAACUAAUUGACUAGUUUAGUAAUGUAAAGUCAUCAGGUCAUAAAGUCAUCACACACACACACACACACACACACACACUCUGCAGACAGGGACCCACAUUAGUGAUUUUUAUCUUUCUUUUAGUGAUUUAAGUUCAUAAUGCUGGACUGGGUGCAUGUGUUUCCUCUGAACAGGAAACACGGAAGAGAGAAAAGUUUAAACCAUUUCAUUCAAACCAAAAAACACUAAACUUUUGUUUCCUUCAUCUGUCCUUCAUGUUAUUUGUACCUUGAUUAGACAGUGUGUUCUCUAUCUAUCUACUUUUAGUUUCUCAUCUAAACACACUUAUAAUUAAUAAUGAAACAGAGUAAUAGUGUAAACGAUGCACUUUGUUCGCGUUCAUUACACCCGCAGCUGUAACGCGACUGCUGAUGACGGGACAGACGCUUCAUACCGUUCUGUGUACUUUUUUUAUUGCGCCAGAAAUAAAGCCUUUUAUUGAUUUUUUAUUUAAAUCUUUGAAUGAAGCGCUGCUAGCACACUCAUACCAGCCGCCCCUGUGCUGAGCGUUUCUAACAAAUAAUCAAUGCGGGUCAGAAUCUCAUCUGCUGCUAAAUCAUGUCUCUGUUUGAUCAGCUGAAGAGAGCGUCACACUUCAGCGCUCACUGAGAUCUUCCAUGUGUUUCCUUCUGCCUGAAAGCUAGCACAACUUCACUAGCAGGUACUCGCAUGUUAAAAACAUACUGCCUGCUCCUGCAAAUAAUCACUAGCAAAGGAUUAGCCAAUCAGGGAACAGGCUCAGCCCCAUUCGUGUUACUGACAGACUACAGCAGAGUGGAAUAAAUGCGUCAGUAUGAAAUGAAAAAAGCCAUUUUGAAAGAAAACCUGUAGUUAUGAUGUAAAAUGGCUGUGCGGUGCAUGACUAUGUCCCAGACUAUCUGUGUUACACAGAGUCAGGCUUUUGCAGAGCGCUCUCACACUGGGCUCCCUGAUGUCUAAACUGUUCAUGAGGAAUAAUUUGACCUUUACAGCAUCUGGAAAUCACACUGGAUUAGUUUUCGAGUUGAUCUGUCCCUGGCUUAUGACUGGCGCAUACUUCAUUUUUUUUUUUAAAUGAUUGUAGUGAAGAUUGUUGGCAUUUUGCAUUUUGGCACCGUUUUCCCCGUAAACAUUAUAAUAAUUCAUAAAGCUAAUCCAGAAACGCAGUCAGCUACUAAACAAAAAUGACCAAUCAGUGAUCUUGGGUAGUUUUUUUUCUCCUAGCCAGCCAAUCACCAUCAGCGUAGCAAACCCCAGAAGUAAACAGUUUGGCGGCUGUGUUUAUCCCGGAGAUCUUCUCUGCUUAUUGACACACAGACCAUCUAGUUUAGACAACUUGCUAAUUAAAUCAUUCAACAUAAGUUUACAUUACGUUUCCGUUUGAUUUAUAUUUAUUUUUAUUCAUUCCCAAUGCUCUUGUGUUGUAAAUAUAACGUUGAGAUGCUGGUUUGCUCUGUGUGCAGUGCAGGGUAUUAGAAGGACGUGUGCAGCUCUUUAGGAAGGUUUGGUCUUUUGAUGAAGAGUCAUGGAUAUGUUUUAUUCACUGAUUUCUUCUGUCUCACUGAUGACAAGUGGCACUUGGACUGUAUUAGUUCGACUGCUCGACUGAUCCCUCCAUCUCUCAGGGUACGAGGAAGACCUGCAUCGAGACUCUUCUCUGUUCUGGCACCAAGGUGGUGGAAUGAACUUUCCCUAGACGUCUGAACAGCUGAGUCACUGGCAGUCUUCAAACGAUGUCUAAACACUUACCUCUUCAUAAAGUACUUAAGUUAGCACUUACAAAAAAAAAAAAAAAAAAAAUAUUGUCUGAGCACUUGUCUAUUACCUCCUCAACAGAGUUUUGGACUGAUGGUGUUCCUAGUUUGUGACCUAGCGAGCCAGUAUCAGAAUAUAUUUUUGAUAGACUUCAAAGCACUAUUGUAAGUCGCUCUGGAUAAGAGCUUCUGCCCAAUGCCAUAAAUGUAUUAAAAUACAAAAGCACACUUUUGUAAUAAAACUUACAUUCAGUAAAAAAAAAAAAACCUAUUCCCUCUGGCAUUAUACCUUUCUAUUAAUAAACUCUAUAGAAAGUAUGAAAUAGUACCAAUCCAUCAGAACUAUCAGUGUUUUACUGUCUGAAUCAUUUAACACCCUUCUAGUUACAGUAGAUAUAGUUACACUGCGCCUCAUUUAAUCAUAUUUCAAUCAAAAAACGCAAAGUUGUGUGUAAAUGUUUGCGUAAACCAAACUAAAAAUUUCUGCUGGAUUUACAGAUAUUUCAGAAACGCUGAUCUUCUUCAUGCUCUCGUGUGUAUGUUGAUGAAAGCCAAUGACCCGUAAAUUACCGAGCACACACGACACGGCUGAUUUGCAUUUGAUAACGCCCACAAAACUCCAUAAAAGGCAAAGCUUUUCCAAACAGCAGUAAAAUGAGAGUUAAAAAAAAGAGAGCAGGACUUUCUCAGAAGUAGAAGUUAAAGUUAUUUUGAUUCACGUGUAUGCUGAUAAAAAUAUAUAAUAUUUAGCAGCGUAACAGCACUCGAAGGCCUAAAACCUGGAGCGUGAAUCAGCUGGGAAUUAAGUGAGGUGAAAAGAAAAAGGAUUGAUAUGAAAAUGGAGGGAAAAUAAAUAUCUCCUGUAGCCUGGUGAUCAUGGACAUCGAGCACGUCAUCAGAGAAACUGCUGCUUUAAAUAGUUUAAAUAGUUUUAAAUAAGCGUCUCGGCUGGUGUGCUGGUAGCACAGAUUUAGAACAAUAAAAUAAAGUAGCAUGGUAGCACAGAUUUAUAUAUGUUGCAUAGAUUUAGUGAAUUGAUCUCAAUAUAAAGUAAAUAAAUAUUAUUUAAACUAGAGGUACAGUUGGACAGGGCUAGUGUUUCUAACUGAGCACUAGUUAAAUCAGAGUGUCACACGCGGGUCCUGUUGUAUUUUCUUCUUUUCUAACAGUAAAUUCAGGCGAUGGUGGGCUUGUUCAGGCGGAGUGGAGUGUUAAAUAAAGAAGGAAGAGUGUUGUGAUCCUGCAGGACGGGAAUGUGAGCUCCUGAUGUACAUCAGUCACUGCUGUAUUAAUGCUAGCCCUAAAUCUGACUCGGGAAGUGAGAGAGUAUUUCAGUGAGUGUUCUGUUGAAAUGUGUUUUCUCUCUCUCUCUCU